GGCUGGACGUCUUGCAGCGCCGCACCCAUCCCCGCGGGGACGCUGUGACCCCACCCCGCCCCCGGCCCCCACUCCAGCCUGUUGCUUCCCCCGGGCUCCAGGUCGGUUUUUCCUGGCGACUCUAGUGUGAGUCUGGGCUUCCAAACUCCUGGGAUCCGGGCUCACCUCGGAAUUUGCUCCCGCCUCUCGCCUGCUCCCCUCGGGCCCCAGAAAGUCGCGCGUGCCCCAGCUGUCGCCUGAGCAGCGCACUCCGGGACCGCGGGCAGCGCAGCUGCGCGGGGGGGCAGCGGCGGCGAUGAAGCCGUCUUGGUUGCAAUGUCGCAAAGUCACCGGCGCCGGGGGCCUCGGGGGUCCCGGGCCAGGGUCCUCUUCGGCCCGGGGAGCCGGCCCGGCCCGCCGGGCUUACGUGGCCCCCGGCCCGCGGGGCGCGCUCGGGGGCCGGGGCUGCAGGGCGCUGUCCUCGGGCGGCUGCGAGUACAAGACCCACUUCGCGGCCUCGGUGGCCGACCCCGAGAGGUUCUGGGGCAAAGCCGCCGAGCAGAUCAGCUGGUACAAGCCCUGGACCAAAACGCUAGAGAACAGACACCCGCCUUCCACCAGCUGGUUUGUGGAAGGAAUGCUUAACAUUUGUUACAAUGCCAUUGAUCGUCACAUUGAAAAUGGUGAAGGAGAUAAGAUUGCUAUCAUCUAUGACAGUCCUGUCACAAACACUAAAACAGCGAUUACGUAUACAGAAGCCCUGGAGCAGGUCUCUAAGCUGGCUGGUGUUUUGGUCAAGCAUGGUGUCGGGAAAGGCGACACAGUGGUUAUCUACAUGCCCAUGAUCCCGCAGGCGAUGUACACCAUGUUGGCCUGUGCAAGGAUAGGAGCCAUCCACAGUCUCAUAUUUGGGGGAUUUGCAUCCAAAGAACUAAGUAGUCGCAUUGAUCAUGCAAAGCCCAAGUUGGUUGUUACAGCAUCAUUUGGCAUUGAACCUGGAAGGAGGGUAGAAUACGUACCACUUAUAGAAGAGGCGCUGAGAAUAGGACAACACAAACCAAAUAAAAUUCUCAUUUAUAAUCGUCCAAAAAUGGAGAUGAUUCCCUUGACUCCCGGUCGUGACCUUGAUUGGGAUGAAGAGAUGGCGAAAGCACAGUCACAUGAUUGUGUUCCUGUUCUUUCAGAACAUCCGCUGUAUAUUCUUUACACAUCUGGAACAACAGGCUUGCCAAAGGGUGUGGUUAGGCCCACGGGGGGAUAUGCCGUAAUGUUAAACUGGACAAUGUCUUCUAUAUAUGGACUUAAGCCUGGAGAGGUAUGGUGGGCAGCUUCUGACUUAGGCUGGGUUGUCGGACAUUCCUAUAUCUGUUAUGGACCUCUUCUGCAUGGGAACACAACAGUUUUAUAUGAGGGGAAGCCUGUGGGAACCCCAGAUGCUGGCGCUUAUUUCCGUGUGCUCGCGGAGCAUGGAGUAGCUGCCUUGUUCACAGCGCCGACUGCAAUUAGAGCAAUCCGUCAACAGGACCCUGGGGCAGCCUUGGGGAAGCAGUACUCUCUGACAAGGUUCAAAACAUUAUUUGUGGCUGGAGAACGAUGUGAUGUGGAGACCCUGGAAUGGUCUAAAAAGAUCUUCAAAGUACCCGUCUUGGACCAUUGGUGGCAAACUGAAACUGGAUCUCCGAUUACAGCAUCAUGCAUUGGAUUAGGUAAUUCUAAAACACCUCCUCCAGGGCAAGCAGGAAAAAGUGUUCCAGGAUACAACGUUAUGAUUUUGGAUGACAACAUGCAAAAACUGAAGGCUCGGAGUUUAGGAAAUAUUGUGGUAAAGUUGCCAUUACCGCCUGGGGCUUUCUCAGGACUCUGGAAGAAUCAGGAAGCAUUCAACCAUUUAUACUUUGAAAAAUUUCCUGGAUAUUAUGACACCAUGGAUGCUGGUUACAUGGAUGAAGAGGGCUAUGUGUAUGUUAUGUCUCGAGUUGAUGAUGUGAUAAAUGUGGCAGGUCACAGGAUUUCUGCAGGUGCCAUUGAAGAGUCUAUCCUUUCCCAUGGCUCUGUGGCCGACUGUGCUGUCGUUGGCAAGGAAGAUUCUUUGAAAGGUCAUGUCCCUUUAGCGCUCUGUGUCUUGAGAGAAGGUAUAAAUACAACAGAGGAACAAGCUUUGGAAGAAAUUGUGAAACAAGUUAGACAGACCAUUGGCCCCGUGGCUGCUUUUCGAAAAGCAGUGUUUGUCAAACAGUUACCCAAAACCAGAUCUGGCAAAAUUCCCCGCUCAACUCUGUCUGCCCUUGUCAAUGGCAAGCCAUAUCAGGUGACUCCUACAAUUGAAGAUCCCAGCCUUUUUGGGCACAUAGAAGAAGUACUGAAGAAGGCAUCGUGACUUUUUUUUUUGAGUCAAUUUGAGAUAGUUUUUUAAUUGGAGUGAAGUUUUUUGAAUUAUUACCCUGUAUGAUGACUCAUUAUAAGUUGUCUAGAACUUUAAGAAAAAUGUCUAAUGAAUGAUUUUUAAAAAUUGUACCCCGAAAAAACAUUUUAGUUGAAGUUAACACUAACAUAGAGCCAUUUCCUGAAAUUAAGAAUCUACAGCUUUGACCCAAAGCUUAAAACUCAAGUUGAAGUCAGAAAAUAAUUACAAUUUUUCUCAUAGAAAUUCUGAAUAUUUUCUAAUAUUCCUGAGAUGCCCACAUGUAGGGUUAUUUUAAAUGAAAUGGAUGAAAUGGGAAGUUUAGGUAAUCGCCUAGACAGAUCAUUUUCUAGGUAGGAAGACCUGUCUAGUCCUGAGGGGAGGCUGGAUGUCAGGGUACAGCUCUGCCUUUAGGUCAUCUGUUACCUAGUCAAGGGAAAUCGCAUGCCUGGCAGAGAGCCUGGAGGUCUUUAAUCCAGUCUCUUUGUCAUGGAGAUGAGGGCUUUUGGGAGCCCCUCCUCAUGUCUCAGACUGUGUACUUAAUGAUUCCAGCUUCCUAUGGAAACAAGAAAAUGAUGUAGAAAUGGGGUAGACUAACAAGGAAAUCCCUUAAGGAAGAAAUGUAGAAGUUUUACAUUAUGUUCAAGAUCAGCAGGCCUUCACAGACUAGGCAAGUAAUGUAAUGUCAAUGAGCUUUUGGAGUGAAUUUGAGCCACUUGGCCUGAAUAUCAGAAGGACAAUAGGGAAUGGUGAAGACUGGGGAGUGCUUGCUCUGUCUGAGUGGGCAGCCCCUAGUCAGUGCCAGCAGCAAUGAUCCAGGGAGAGACAGGACCCCUGUUGCAAGAGCCUCUGAUUUUUAAGAGAAACCAAAAAUCUAGAUUUUUAUGUGAAAUCUCUAAUUUUAAAAUAAUAACUCACAAAAAAAUAUAUUGUGAUGUCCAAACACAUCUUUGCAUUUCAACUUCUAUAAAACUAUUGAGCAUUUAAAAAAAUAAUUGAAAAUAAAUCUUUGUUAAUAAACUUAUGGUAAUGUGCUGAUUAGCCAGAGUAAAUAGAUACAGAUAAUUAAAUAUUUGGUUUACUUAGGGUUCUACAUGACAUCACUUAUCAAAGAAUACAUUUAAACACAAAAAUAUACCAUGUACAGUGAAUCUUUGAUGGUUCCAAAGUAUUUCUCAAGCUUUCAGUCCAUCAGGAACAUUAUUAUUAAGAGAAUCUCCUCUAACAGAAUAGUCUGGAUACAUGAAAUUUGUUUCAUAAAAAUUGCUUACAAUCUGUAUAAAAACAUUCUGGAAAUUUUACCUUUUUUAGACUGUAGGCUAUAAAAUAAAUGGCUUCUCAAAGUAAAUUCCUAUUUGCUUUAA